AUGGCCUCCUCGUCUUCCGACAGCAGCGCAAUCGAUUAUGUGAAUCUUCCUACACCUCCCAGAGCCGUUGCGGAUUUUUGUUUGAUUCCCAUCGGUACACCCACCGCAUCGGUAUCGAAAGAAGUAGCUGCUGUUCAGCGAUUGAUGAAAGCUAGUGGGUUGAGUUAUAGUAUGCAUUCUGCUGGUACGACUGUUGAAGGUACCUGGGACGAAGUAAUGCGCCUGAUAGGUCAAGCCCACACGCUCGUCCAUCAGAACGGUGUUUUGCGUGUUCAGACUGAUAUUAGAGCCGGUACGCGGACAGACAAGGAACAGCAUUUUGCGGAGAAGGUUACCAAGGUUAAGAGUUUGCUUGCUGGGGAGGAAGAUGGUGGGAAGUAG